AUGAAAAAGAAAGAAAAGGAACUCAUAAGGAACCAAAUUGAUAAAUUCUGGUGGGAACAUCAUGAAAACGUCUUGAGGAAAUCUCAGCAGCCGAGCAAGCAUCUACUCAAAGCACGCGACGUCGUUAAACAUUUCUCGUCUCUAUCAUUGUCACUCAACUCCACCGAUAAGCUCCAUCUCUCUCCAGACCAUGCCAUUAGAACCUCCGCUCUAGCCAGUUUCAUGUGUGUGGUGGUUGAAUCAGAGAAAUCAUCAUCUCCAGAGGAAGAGGAAGGACUUGGAGUUGAGUUGUUGAGUGUGUUUAUUGAACGUGGAAUGGAAGAUAGCAUAAUACUUAUCGAGAACUGCGUGCAUCACUUCAAGAUAUUUGAGAAAAACUUGAAGAUCACUCAAUUAGAACCUGCAUUUUCUGCUAUCUUUAGAAGGUUGAUGGGAAAGCCUUACUUUUGUAAGGUGUUCUCAUGUUUAAGAAAACACACUGACAUCAAUGAGACAUUCCUAGACAAUCUAUCCACAUCACUGCAAUUAUCGCCUUAUGAGAAAUUUCAGUUUACGGUUGCAUUAGCAAACGCUGAUGAUGAUGAUCUCAGUAGGGCUGGGCAGAAUUACUGUGAGGAGCAGUUCAAAGAGCUGUGUGAGCUGUCUGAGAGAGGCCAUAUACCUUCUGUUCGAGCAUUGAUCGAGGAACGAGUUAGAUCCUUAAUGGAGGGAGAAUGUAGCAUACAGGAACCUUCUGACAGGGCACAUCAGUCUGGAACUCAGGAUCUUAUUCAGGAGGCAGCUCCUACUUCUCCAAAGGCCCUUCAAGAAGAUACUGCCUUGCUCUCUUCUAAUGAUCAACUUUCCAAGGAAAUGGAAAGUUUGUGCAUAACGUCUACAGACGAUUGUCCAAUGAAAGAGAACAUUGGUGAUGAUCCUGAUUCUUCAACAGUUGAAGUUGAUGCAGAUGAUAUAAACACAGAGGCCAAUGCUUAUUUCCAACAGAUGUUCUCUGGUCAAUUGACAGUUGAUGCAAUGGUUCAAAUGCUUACGCAGUUCAAGGGAUCUUCUGAAAAAAGGGAGCAAUUGGUAUUUGAGUAUAUGAUCAGCAACCUGCUUCAAGUGAAAAAGUUUUUCAACACAUACUCCGAUGAACAUUUUAACCUUUCUGCUAUUCUAUUUGGAUUACUUAUCAAGCAUCAAGUUGUGAGCGAUUCUACACUGAGCAUUGCCUUACAAUCCGUUUUGGAUGCAUUACAUGAACCUGCAGAUUCCAAAAUAUUUAUUUUUGGGACAAAGGCUUUGGAAGCUUUUGUGGAUCGCUUGAUUGAGUUUCCAGAAUUCUGCCAACAAGUCUUACAGAUCUCUCAUCUACAGGGUACUCAUUCUGAGCUUGUUUCCAUUAUUGAACAGACACUUGGCAGAACUUCAUCAAGCCAUUCAGAAUCAGAUGAAGCCCACAAUCAAUGUAGUUCUAUCCCACCACCAGAAAAUGUUGUGGAACCAGUUAGAUCCCUAAAGGAGGGCGAAUGUGGCAUUCAGGAACCUUCUGACAGUGCACAUAAGUCUGGAACUCAGGAUCUUAUUCAGGAGGCAGCUCCUACUUCUCCAAAGGCCCUUCAAGAAGAUACUGCCUUGCUCUCUUCUAAUGAUCAACUUUCCAAGGAAAUGGAAAGUUUGUGCAUAACGUCUACAGACGAUUGUCCAAUGAUAGAGAACAUUAGUGAUGAUCCUGAUUCUUCAACAGUUGAAGUUGAUGAAGAUCAUAUAACCACAGAGGCCAAUGCUUAUUUCCAACAGAUGUUCUCUGGUCAACUGACAGUUGACGCAAUGGUUCAAAUGCUUAUGCAGUUCAAGGGAUCUUCUGAAAAAAGUUUCUUUGCUAAUCCAUCUUAUUAUGCACUUUGGCUUCCUGAUCAUACACUGGAGCAAUUGAUAUUCGAGUAUAUGAUCAGCAACCUUCUUCAAGUGAAAACGUUUUCCAACACAUGCUCCAAUGAACAGUUUAACCUUUCUGCUGUUCUAUAUGGAUUACUUAUCAAGAAUCAAGUUGUGAGCGAUUCUACACUGAGCAUUGCCUUACAAUCCAUUCUGGAUGCAUUACAAGAACCUGCAGAUUCCAAAAUAUUUAUUUUUGGGACAAAGGCAUUGGAAACUUUUGUGGAUCGCUUGAUUGACUUACCAGAAUUCUACCAACAAGUCUUACAGAUCUCUCAUCUACAGGGCACUCAUUCUGAGCUUGUUCCCAUUAUGGAACAGACACUUGGCAGAACUUCAUCAAGCCAUUCAGAAUCUGAUGAAGCCCAAAGUCAAUGUAGUUCUAUCCCACCACCAGAAAAUGUUGUGAUGCCGGAUUCAUCUUCCCCUUUGACUGGAUCUGAUGGUGAACAUCUUGGUUCUCAAAUAUCUUCUCCACCAAAGCUUCAACAGAGAAAUGAGAUUCAAUCAGAUGAAAUACAAAAACCAUCUUUGACUGAAUCCAGUCACACGAAUCAAAACUUAACAACUUCAUUUGCCACCUCAAGUGAUUCAGCAAGUAUUCAGAAGCCUCAAAGUGUAGCUAGAUCUUCAGCACUAAUGGCUUCAUCUCCAGAGUUUCAUCCUCCACCUAGAACAGUUGCCUCAGCAAGGUUUGUCUCAGCAAGUGUCAGAACACUUUUUGAUGCUGCUCAAAGAAGAGAAACACCCAUACAGGCCCCACCAUCCCAAAAAAGGGAUAAAAUCUCAUUCAUUUUUAAUACUUUAUCCACUGCAAAUAUUGAAGCUAAAGUAGAAGAGUUUACCGAGAUUCUGGAGGAACAGUAUUAUCCCUGGUUUGCACAAUAUCUUGUUAUGAAAAGAGCAAGUAAAGAACCUAACUUUCACAAGUUGUAUAUGAACUUUCUUGAGAAAGCUCAUUCAAAACAGCUUAUGGAAGAAGUAGUUCAAGAAACCUAUGAAAAUUUAAUUUUUUAUUUGGGAAUGCAACAGGUUCUCUUAAGGUCUGAGCUGAUACAGACGAGUUCAGAAGAGCGUCUGUUGCUCAAGAAUCUUGGGGGAUGGCUCGGAAUUAUUACAAUCGGUAGAAAUAGAGUUCUAUUGUCUAAACAUAUUGAUCCAAAAUCUUUAAUUAUAGAGGCUUAUGAAAAGGGAUUAAUGAUUGGGAUAAUUCCAUUUACCUCUAAGGUUUUGGAACCUUGCAAAGGGAGUCUAGCAUAUCAACCACCGAAUCCUUGGACUAUGGGGAUUCUUGGAUUACUUGCUGAAAUACAUGCAAUGCCAAAUCUCAAAGCAAAUCUCAAGUUUUCAAUAGAAAUAUUGUUCAAGAAUCUUGAAUUGGACAUGAAGGCAGUUACUCCAACAUCUCUUCUGAAGGACAGAGUUAGGAAGAUUGAAGGAAACCCCGAUUUCUGCAACAAAGAUGUUGGGUCAUCUCAGCAAAAUACUGUAACAUCUGCUGUAAAUCAAAGUGAACUACCACAUGAAGCUGCUGUUACAUCUUAUCAGGGUGGGGAUUCACAUAUAUUAUACCAGCAUGCUGCUCCAGUUCAUUUCCCUGCUGUUCCUUUUGUUGAAGAUAUGAACAUGCUUUUCCAAAGGUUGCUUCCAGUGGUAAUGGAUAAGGCUAUUAAAGAAAUCCUUUCUAAUAUUGUUCAGAAGAGUAUCACCAUAGCAACUCAAACAACAAUGGCACUUGUUUUAAAGGAGUAUGACAACGAAUUUGAUGAGAACUAUAUCCAUAGUACAUCAUCCUCCAUCAUUGUUUGCCUGGCUGGAAAUCUGUCUUAUGUUAAUAGCAAGGAACCUCUUCGUAAGAAGAUGUCAAGUCAGCUAAGAAACUCUCUACAGGGUUUGAAUAUUGCAAGUGAAUCCCUUGAACAUGCCAUGCAACGUGUUAUUGAUGACAACCUUGAGUUGGGCUGUGCAUCAAUUGAAAAAGCUGCAAUUGAAACGGGGCUAGUAAUAGUAAAAAAUGAAAUUGCUCAGCAACUUUCAGUUAGAAGGAAGCAAAGAGAAAGUUCUAGAAUUACAACAAUUGAUCCAAACCUAUAUGCACAAAGUAUAGGUACUUUUCCAGAAGCCUUUCAUCCUCAAGCUGCCCAAUUUGUAUCCCUUCAUCAACAGCAAGUUCGUAUGGUUCCAGCUCCUCAAUCACAUGUAUCAUGGACUUAUAAUGUUGCUAAUGAAAUGAGAGCCCAACAACAGAUGUUUCUUCCACCUUCAAGUUCCAGGCACUUUAUAAGCAAACCUUCAUUAACUACUGGUGCUGCAUUGGAUGAAUAUCAUGUUCUUGCAAAGAAGCUUGAUUUUUUGAUUGGUAAAGAAGCUAAACAAGCUGAAAUUCAGUCUGUUAUUUGUGAGGUUCCUGUGGUUGUUCUUAGAUGCAUCAACAAGGAUGAGGCUGCCUUGGCUCUUGCUCAAACGGUUUUCGAGAGUUUAUAUGAAAAUGCAGCCAACUAUGUACAUGUCAUUGCUGACCUUGACAUCUUAGCUGGUGUGUGUGAUGUUAGCAAGCUUGUGAGGAGGGAACUCACUAGUUGGGUAAUGCAUUCUGAUGAUGAGAGGAGAUUCAACAAAGAUAUUACAGUUGGCCUAAUUCGCAGAGAAUUACUGAACCUCACUGAGUAUGAUGCUUACAUGGCCAAACUUAUUGAUGGAGGAAAGAGUGGGGCCACAAUAGAGUUUUUCAUCUCCCUUGUUGAAACACUGAAGCUCAGUGAUGCAGGAGUAUUGUCUUCACUUCACAAUGUCGUUCACACUUUAUCCAAGGUGACUAAGCAUCCUGUGGCCAGCAAGGAUGAUGACGAUGCAUUUAUAUCUUCUGAACCAGAUCCUCCUAGUUUCCAUUGGCAGGUUUCUGGGAUAUUUAAUGAUUGGUGUCGGAUACGUGAUCGCCAUGGUGUCAAUGAUGCAGCUCGUGCUCAUUUUGUUCUAGAACUUCAUCAAAAUGUAUUGUCAAGAGCUGAUGAUAUGCCAAACCGCUUUUUCCGCCGCCUUAUGGAGCUUGGUGUGUCACACUAUCUAUCUUCUCAAGGGGCCAAUGAAGAAGCAAGUCUAUCAUCUUUCCUUGUCAUUGAUAUAUAUGCAGACCUUGUCUUUUCAAUCUUGAGGUCUCUCCCUGUUGACCAGGGAUCAAGCAAGCUCUCUCUUUUCUCGAAGGUGUUAGCGGUGAUUGUGAGAUUUGUUAAAAAGGAUGCAGAGGAAAAGAAAGAAUCAUUUAUUUCUACACCAUAUUUCAGGCUAUUCAUCAACUUUUUCAAUCACCUUCAUACCCUCAACUCUUCUGUCAAUGAUGAAAAUUUUCAGAUGUAUGCUGCUCUAUCAAAUUCAUUUCACGCCUUGCAGCCACUCAAAGUUCCUGCAUUCAGCUUUCCAUGGGUUGAGCUAAUUAGUCACAAAGAUUUCAUGCCAAAACUCUUUGCUGCCAAUGGUCAAAAAGGAUGGCCAUACUUCAAAGGCUUGCUGCUAGACUUGUUGAUGUUCAUGGAACCCUUCUUGAGGACUGGGGAACUUACAGAUCCGGUCCGUAUACUAUACAAAGGCACACUGAGGGUGCUUUUGGUGGUGGUUCAUGAUUUCCCGGAUUUUGUUUGCUAUUAUAAUUUCAGUUUUUGUGAAGCAAUUGCUUCACGUUGUGUCCAACUAAGAAACAUAAUUCUUAGCACUUUCCCAGCUAACAUGAGUCUUCCGGACCCCAACACUCCCAAUUUGAAGGUGGAUCUGCUAGCUGAGAUAAGUCAACCACCUUGCAUUGACCCUGAGUUUGCCGCUGCUUUGAAAGCCAACAAUAUGAAAAACGACAUUGAUGAGUAUUUCAUGACAAGGCCAGAAACAUCUUCAUUUCUUUAUGGAUUAAAGUACAGACUACUUCUUUCUUCAAGAGAAGCUGAAAGGUCCGGAACAUACUACAAUGUUCCUCUAAUAAACUCACUUGUACUUUACGUUGGCACAAAGGCCAUCCAACAGCUGCAAGUGAGCACCGCUUCUCAUGCAACCUCCAUAACUCGGUUUGUCUCAAAGACUGGCUAUUUUGCGGGUGCGGCUUUGGACAUCUUCCGGACAUUAAUACGUGACCUAAAUUGGGAAGGCCGUUACCUCUUCUUCAAUGCGGUUGCAGACCAAUUGCGUUAUCCCAACAACCACACGCAUUUCUUUUCCUUCAUUUUGCUUCAAUUCUUUGUUGAGAUAAAAGAGGAGGCGAUUCAGGAACAGAUAACGAGAGUGUUAUUGGAGAGAUUGAUAACUAAACUCCCACACCCAUGGGGGGUUCAGGUUACCUUCAUUGAACUUGUAAAGAAUCCUAGGUACAAAUUUUGGAACCUGAAUUUUACAAGAAGUGAUCCUGAGAUCAAAAGAGUCUUUGACUUUGUUUCAACAAGUUUUGGUGUCCAUGUACAAGCCGUUAAUGUUGUUUCUGGAGUGCUCUAGAAAUCACUUCAGUUGUUUAUGUUGGUUUGUUGUAUGUGUGAUUCUGAUAAAUAUGACAGUUAAA